AUGUAUCGCUUUGCGCUGUCGACGGCGUUGGUCGGCGUGGCCCAUGCCCGCAUCCAAUGGAUGAUGAAAGGUGCUGACGGUGUCGUGCCGUCAGCGCCUGACCUCGCCGCCGAAAUGUUCUUGCCCGAGGACGACCCCAAAGGCAGGCCUCCCUCGACCAAGGCGUGCGUUUGGAAGAAUCCAGCCGACACGUCUGGGUUGAACCAGUUUUUGUUUGACAUCCAGGGCGCUUUCCCCCCCAACACGAACGGCUUUACCCAGUCGGCGACGCAAUGCUUCCCCAACCUCUUUGCCGACACCACCGGCUUGUCCUUUCCGUACCCACGAAGCAGCUACAACUACGACCUGGAUGCGGCGCUCACUGUCGCGGAGAAGGUUCCCCGCAUCGAAGUCCAUGUCAUGGCCGACACUGAGGACACCUACACGCUCACGAGAUCGUCAAACAAGUUUGACUACAAGGACUUUGAGACGAACGCCCCCUCGCUCCUCUACGGCAUGGUUGGGUCCAAUGGUGGCAGCCAUGUGCCUGGGACGUACUUUGUCGAGGUGCGCGCGUACGACUACGACACGCCGAUCGGCAAGCCUGCUGUGUGCCCGACGUGCAUUGCCGUCAACGACGAGCAGCGGCCGACUGGCACCAAGCCCGCGAGUUGCUCCAGUAUGAACGUCAUCCGAGGAACUUACGUCGCGGACCUCGCGGCGUUCAAGAAGGAAGCAGAGGCGUUGGUCGCGUAUCGCACGGGCGCGACCAACAACGCGUGUAGCUCGAACCGUUGCGACUCUGUGUCCAUGCAGUUUGGUGACUUUCUCGACGAGACGAGCUGGUCCGAUGAACUUGCGGGGGACACCAAGGCGGACAGCAAAGACGUGUCGGAUCCGCUGGUCGAUGUGACAACGUGCUUGUCGCAAGGGUUCACGGCAGUCGAGUGGCGGUCGCUCACCAAGGACCCGUACUUUCAGCGGCCGACGCACCCGACAUGCACGCGCACGUGCGGCUACGGCGUCUGGCUUAAGGAAUGGUACACCAAGUACACGUGCGCCGCCGACGUCUCCAAGUACCCGCGCCAAGUCGAAUUUGGCCGAAAAUCAUGCGUCGGCGACGAAUCCGAAAUGUGCAGGUUCGUGCAUGAGUUGCAGCUCCAAGCGACGUCGCUCGCGACGGCGUCGAUUGCGCUGAAAGCCGAAAAUCCCGUGUACAUGGACGACCCCCAGAGCGUGUUUCCCGGCACGGGUUUGGACAAAGCCGACAAGACGCUGUACUUUGACGCCAAGUGCGACAGCCACGACUUAAAGUUUGACACGUUCUGCGACUUUGAAGUCGACUUGAACAAGGUCUUUAAGUUCUCGAGCGAGCUCGGCACGCACGAGAGCGUUGUGGGGCUGCUCAAGGGGUACAAGAAUGAGUUCAAGGCCGCCGCGUCGGAUGUUGUGUUUUGGCGCGCCAAGGUGAACGGCGGCAACUGGGUCCAGAUCACGAAGGACAAGGCCGCGUUGCCAUUUCGCCAGUACAACUCGAAGCUGUACAUCGAGGCGUUCACGAACUGCGGGACGAUCCUGGAAGAGAUGUGGACGAUCUUCGUCCACCGCCACGAGAUCCUGAGCGCGGACCAGUGGUUCCGCACGCUCUGGACGAGCCCGACGCCCGGAUGCAACGAGCAGGACUCGGACUUUGGAGUGAUUCAAUUCAAGCACGACCCGACGUCGGAGCCGUUCCAGAGCAUGCUCCACCCCGACGUCCCUGCCAUCCCCAAUGACAAGAACGGUCAUCCACUCAAGCGAUGCUACGUCAAAAACGGCCAUGGCGACGCGGAAAAGUGCUGGGGUGGGUGCUGGUCUUGGUACACCGAAUGCAACACGGCAAUUUCCAAGCAAGAGUGCCAUGACCGCCGCGCCGAAGGCGACGUUUUGUAUGAGUACUGCCGCAAAAAGUAUGGCGACGACGACGACGAUGAGUCGGACAGCAACUCGGGGCCAGAUUUGGAUGCGGCGGCGAACAUGGCGCUUGACGACGUCGAGCACCGCAUCCAGUGGAAGUUCAAGGGCUUUGACUGCACGUGGCAAUACGACAACACGAAGGAAUCGACGUCGUGGAUCAAGACGUCGAGCGAUGAGAGACUGGAAGUCGCAAUUGCCGUCAAGCUCGAGAACGCGCCGACGACGACCGCCACGGCCCAGUGCAAGUUGACCUUUCAAUCGAACGCGCCAGGCGCUGCCGUCACCACGCGCCACCGCAAGCAGGUCGUGACGCUCCGCAACUGCGACUACCCGCGAUUCAACCAAGACUCGGUCUAUGGAUACGGUCAGUACAUCAAGGACACGUGUACGAACACGUGGAACGACUUUGGCGGGAAGACGGCGCCGCUCGUCCAAGCGCCGUUCCAGGCGUGCGGCGGAACGCUCGUGUACUCGACGACCGCCGAUGGAGCGGCGAAGACUGUCGUGCUUGAACCAGAAGCGGAUUUGAGCUGCUGCAACUCCCCCGACGAAAAGAGCAAGGUGACGUGCACAGCGCUCAAGUCGGACAAGUCGAUCAAGCGGUGCGAGGGACCGGCGGCGGGAUCGCCAAGCGUGCUUGCCUUGAUGGCCUCGUCCGAACCCAUCGCGACGUCGUCCGUUGCGAUGCUGGCUGUCGUGGGUGGCGUCAUGGUGGCCGUCGCAGUCGCGGCGACUAAGCGUCAAGCCAAGAUGGCCGAGGGUGUCGACGUCGACGAGGGCUACCAAGCGCUGCUGCUUUGAACACUCCCUCGACCCCCCAUCCCAUCGCCUGGACAAAGGAGUCCUCAUGUGUGUCGCGGGUGGUUUACUCCCUUGAUGUGUGCUUGAGACAUGGGAUUGCAUAAGUGUUGCGUAUUGAAAAUGUCCAUUCAUGUUGGACCUGUGUCC